CAAUGAUGCCAGCUAUUUUUGAAGAAACCCGCACUACACUUAAACAUACUUUAGAGAAGGAAGCAACAAGUGUUUGUCUUACAACAGACAUAUGGACAUCAAGUAAAAACGACAGUUAUAUGGGCAUCACAGGCCACUACAUAACUGAAGAUUUUUCAAUGAAAACAGUACUUUUUCAAUGCUCAGUUUUCGAAGAAACCCAUACUGCUAAAAACUUAGCAGACGAAAUUUUUUCAGCUAUAAAUGAGUGGGAUAUAAAAAAUAAAGUAUCCAUGAUAGUUUCAGAUAAUUGUUCAAACAUUACUAGUGCAGUAACAAAAGUGUUGAAGAUGAAACACUAUGGCUGUUACGCUCAUAAGUUAAAUUUACUUGUCCAACAAUCAUUACAUCCUGUUGAAGACCUGAUAAAAAAAGUCAAAACUAUAGUCUCCCACUUUAAACGUAGUAACAAAGCAUCACAAAAACUGAUUAAGUAUCAGGAGUUGCAGGGAGCCAAACAGCCUAAAAGGAUCUUGCAGGAUAUUGCUACAAGAUGGAACUCUACGUUCUACAUGUUACAAAGGUUCGUAGAUUUGGAAGAGGCUAUAAAAUAUUCCCUAGCAAUCCUGGAUACCGAUUUGACCCCAUUAAGUUCGGAUGAGUGGGAAAUUUGUAAGCAGUUGUGUGACGUCCUACGCCCAUGUGAAGAAGUUACCAAAGAGAUGAGUAGCGAAAAAUAUUUGAACGCCAGUAAAGUAAUCCCAAUAACAAGGGGUUUGAAGUCUGCUCUUAAGAAAAUUUCUGUUAAUGUUACUAAAGAAAGUGUGAAAGACGUGCUUAAUUCCAUGCUCAAAAGCUGUGAUGACAGAUUUCCGAACUUGGAAAAAAGUAAAACCUUAAGACUUUGCACAUUCCUCGAUCCCCGCUAUAAACAUCACAUGUUUCUAGAAGAAUCUACAACCAUUGAAAUCAAGAAAGACCUGUGUGAUUUAUUAGUUGGAGUCAUAAAUCAAAAAAGAAAUGAACAAAAUCCUGAGGACCUCAGUGAUAAUGAAGUUGAACCAGACCAAGAAACAGAAUCUACCGAGAAAAAGAUUUCAGUUUGGGAUGAUGUUGAGGAAAUAAUUGCUAAAGUGAAACCGAAAUCCAAUCCCACUUCAAUGGCAAUCCAAGAGAUACAAAAAUACAUGGAUGACAGUCCAAUAUCUAGGAAAAAGGAUCCACUGGAGUGGUGGAAAUGCCACAAAAACAUUUAUCCCCAUCUAGCCACAGUAUUUAUUCGGAGCUGUGGCAUUGUCGCAACAUCCGUCCCUUGUGAGAGGAUGUUCUCUAAAGCUGGUUAUUUUAUAAGUGACAGAAGAACCCGUUUAACAACAAAAAAAGUAAAUGAACUGAUGUUUUUAAACACAAACCUAAAGUAGACCAAGACUUUUAAAACUGCAACUCUGGUGAAUCGAGGGUAGGCCUACAGUUCUUCGAAACUCAUUGUUUUGUAUGUAAUUACACCUACAUAAUUAAUAUUAAUGACUCUAGUUGAUCUUUUGAUAUUUUUUCUAUUAUGAUGUUAUGAAGUACUAUCUUAUUAUAAUUAUGUCAUUUCUGUUAAUUUGUUCCUAUUUCGUAUUUAAUGCCUAAGUAUAAGUUACCUCAAACAAAACAGACUGAUACAUGUUAUUUUUUCUUAAUUUAGAUGUGUUUUUUAUAAUGUUAUUCGAUACAAGAAAUAUUGAUUCUCGGAAAUGAUUUUUCUUUAUAUAUGGUUUGUAUAUAGUUAGUUACAGUUAUCUGCAAUAUGUUUUUUCAUUUAGGUUAUUUGCACAUAAAGGAAUCCCAAAGACUUUUGUGAUGUUAGCAAUCAUAAAAAGAUUAAAUAGAUGGUUUGUUUAAGAUUGUUGGUAUAUUAUUUAAAAUAUACUUGUUACUCUCGUAAAUACGAAAUAAACAACAGCUGAAAACCCUAAUUGGAAUUUCUGAGUUUUUUUAUGAACCUGACUUUAAUCUGAAUAUUUCUGAGUCACAAUUUUUUUACCAUAACGUUUUAACUACUGUAAGUAGCAAAUGGAAAACUCACACAUUUUGUUUGCCAUUCAGUAAGUUCAGUAAUAUGAUAAACCAGUACUAUUUUUAAUGCCUGACUUUAAACAUUUAAUUCUGUCUUGAUUAUAUUUUUGUUUUAAUAUUUAGAUAAUAAGAUACGGUAACUCAAAUGAUUAUUUUAAAUACUGAUUCUCGUAUAAUUGAGUACAAAAAAGUAGAGGCUAUCAAAUAUGUUGUACUCAAUGCUUGCUAUGCAAUUUACUCAGUAGUACCAUUGAAUUUUAGUUCAGCUCGAUUACUAAUACAAGUACUAUGCCAAGUAAUCGCUUAGAUUUGCAGUAGUAGGGAGGGGCUCAUCACGAAAACUGUUACACGUAACUGUUACUGCUAGACAGUAGCCGCGUAGCCGCGUUCGGUGAGGAAGUGAUUACUUUGUACCUGGUACUCGACGCCUAGAGUAAUCGAUUACUUUUUGAGAGGCGAGUACCAGUUACAAAGGAGCGAUUACAGUUACUUGGAC